UAUACACCCAAUAAAGCUAUAUAUAUUUUAACAUUGAAGUUCACACAAAAGAACGCGUGUUUCAAUUAUUACAAUUGGCGACGAGUUAAAAACGGGCAAUGUCGAUUUUUGGAAGUGUACCGCGGUUCGAUUUCAAGGAAAAUAUAUGGAGUGUUUUCCAGAGUCAACUCGACCAAUUUUUCAUCGCUAAUAAUAUUGAAGAUGAGAAGCAAAAAAAAGCAAUUUUUCUGAAUGCUCUGUCGGAAAAGGCCUACGUGCUUUUAAAAAAUAUUAUGAAUCCACUAAGCCUUGAUGGUGUGGCAGUUACAUAUAGCCAGUGCAUCGUAGCUAUGUCGUCUCAUUUUAAGCCAGUCGCGUCAGAAUUUCCAGAGCGAUUUAAGUUUUAUCAGUCUACUAAAAAGUCAACGGAAUCAAUAAACGACUGGGCGGCAAGAGUUCGAUCACUAGCGGUAGGAUGUUCUUUUGGCAAUCAUCUGGAAAUGGCGAUUCGCGACAAAUUUAUCAUGGGGUUGGAGGCUGGUCCAGCCAAAGACAAAAUAUUCCUAGAAAAGGAAAAUACCCUAACUUUGGAAAAAGCAAUAAGCAUCGCUAACGCAACAGAUUAUAUUCGGCAGCAGUACGAGGUGAAACUGAAAGCUGAAGACAAUAGUGAGCAGUUAUACUACGGCAAAAGUGAGUCGAAGGUCAAGCGGAGAAGUGAAGACUCGAAAAAGCAGCGCAAAGAGGACGGUGACAACGCAAAGCAGAGCAGUGCCCAGCGUCAACAGCAACGGAGGCGGCAGAACCAGGAGUAUCAAUGCAGAGUGUGUGGGAGCGCGGACCACAGCGCUAGUGUUUGUAAAUUUAAAAAUUAUAAGUGUUAUACAUGUCAGCGAAGAGGGCAUAUUAAGAGAAUGUGCAAAGUAGGCAGAAUUAAUUUUAUGACAGAGUCGGAAGAAGAGUUACCUCUCUUUAAUAUUUCAUGUAAUAAGCAGGGUCCGAUUUGCUUUGAUGUGCUUUUAAAUAAUAUUCGCUUAAAUAUGCAGUUGGACACUGGGUCGGAAUACAGUGUGAUUUCUUUGGCUACUUUUCGUAAAUAUUUUAAAACUGCAGAACUUAAAAAGACGAAUAUAAUUUUUAAAGCGUAUAAUGGUACUCGAAUUGAGCCUAAAAGGUAUUCGCAGUUGGACAAAGAAGCAGCAGCAAUCCUGUUUGGAGUGAAAAAGUUUCACCACUAUUUGUAUGGUAGAUCUUUUGAUCUAGUGACUGAUAACAAACCUCUACACUACAUUUUAGGUCCUAAAAAGGGUAUUCCACAGACUGCUGCCAAUAGGUUACAAAGAAUAGCCCUGACACUAUCAGCAUACGAUUUCACUAUAAAUCAUGUUAAAUCUGAGGCAAAUGUUGCUGAUUUCUUUUCAAGGUUUCCCAGUGAAGACGUUUGUGAAAAUUUUAUGCUGCAAGAAAUGCAAAAGGGCGUUUACAUGAAUUAUGUUUCUGAACGAAAUAUACCACUCUUGGACUUUGGCGUCAUCCAAAGGGAAACAAUGUCGGAUCCAGUCUUGAAAAAGGUUAAAGAAUACAUAAAUACUCAAUGGCCGAAUAAAUGCAGUGAAGUAGAAUUAAAACCAUAUUUUUUGCGUAGGUUUGAACUUUCUGAGGAAAACGGGUGUUUGUAUUGGGGUUACAGGAUUAUAGUUCCUAACUCGCUACAAAAUGGCAUGGUGAAGUAUUUGCACAGUUCCCACAUGGGUAUAAGCAAAACCAAGUCAAUAGCCAGAGAGUGUUGUUGGUGGCCAUGUCAAACUGUCGACAUUGAAAACGAGAUUAAAGCAUGCCCUAGUUGCCUCAUGACACGUCCAAAUCCCCCUAAGCAGAAGUUGAUACCUUGGCACUGGCCACAAACGCUUUGGGAUAGAAUACAUAUUGAUUUUUUUGGACCGAUGAUGAGUCGUUGGUGUUUGGUAGUGGUAGAUAGCCACAGCAAGUGGGUUGAAUGUAUAGAUAUGGGCACUAACACAACUAGUAGCAACACAAUAGCAAAAUUACGAGAAAUUUUUGCUCGCUUUGGUCUACCACGAAUGGUUGUUUCGGACAAUGGCACAGCGUUUGUGCCCAAAGAGUUUCAAGAUUUUUUAGCGAAUAACGGCAUAACGCACGUCACAACACCUGUAGGCUACCCGGCUACAAACGGCCAGGCGGAAAACAUGGUAAAAAGUAUAAAAAAUGCAUUAAAGAGAAUUUUGUUCAGGAAAAGUUGCAUACAAUUCAGCGAAGCAUUAACCCGAUAUAUUUUCGACUACCGCAAUACAAAGCACAUCACAACAGGUUUGUCUCCUGCGGAAUUGAUGUUUGGUAGGCAGUUACGAAAUAGAUUCGACUUAAUAAAUCCAAAGAAAAAUACUUGUAAUAUAGAGUUAAAAC